GGGAAGUACAGCGAGGCGGAAGAGAUGAAUCGGCGAGUACUGGCGGGGAGGGAGAAGGUACUAGGAUCGGAUUAUCUAGACACGUUGACGAGCGUGGACAAUCUAGUAUCGGUGCUGCGAUAUCAAGGGAAGUAUACUAAGGCGGAAGAGAUGAAUCGGCGAGUACUAGCGGGGAGGGAGAAGGUGCUAGGGUUAGAUUAUCCUCACAUAUUAACUAGCAUAAGUAAUCUAGUAUCGGUGCUGCGAGAUUAAGGGAAGUAUACCGAGGCGGAAAAGAUAAAACGGCGAGCCCUAGCGGGGAGGGAGAAGGUACUGGAGUUAGAUUAUCCUGACACGUUGACUAGCGUAAACGAUCUAGCAUUAGUACUGUAA